AUGUACAGAAGUAUGGCAUUCUCAAGGCACAAAUAUAAACUUAUACCACUGUCAAGCAAAGGCAUUGGUUACCACCAUGGACCAGUUGAUGCUAAAGGAAGAAAAUUUGUAGAGAUGCUAUUCAGAAUGGGAUACAUUAAAGUUGUAACUGCUACAAGCUCACUUGCACUGGGGAUCAAUAUGCCAUGCAAAUCUGUGGUUUUCUUGCAUGAUUCAAUUUUCCUGGAUGCACUGAACUAUAGACAGAUGGCAGGUCGUGCUGGAAGAAGAGGACUGGAUCUAGAGGGAAGCGUGUUUUUCUUCAACAUUUCAGUGCCAAAAGUGAAAAAAAACUUAUGAAGUCCAACGUUCCAGAGCUAAGAGGCCAGUUUCCUCUGAGUAUUUCCCUUGUACUAAGACUAAUGCUGCUAGCAGCCAAAGCAGAUGACAAAGAGGAUGCUAAAGCAAAAGUUUUAUCAGUUUUGAAGCAUUCCCUUAUGACAUUCAAACACCAAAAUGAAACACAAGUGUUAAAGCUUUACUGUGUGUUCUCGAUGCAGUUCUUGCUGUCAGAGGGAUAUCUGAACGAAGAUUGUUAUCCCACAGAAUUUACAGGACUUGUUACUCAUCUACAUUAUCAUGAGCCAUCUAAUUUUGUAUUUGUCGCCUUUCUUGAAAAAGGUCUUUUUCAUCAGCUGUGUAAGCCACUACCCGAAGACUCAACAAAAUUUCCAGACUCUGUUAUGCAAACAUUGGUUGUGAUACUGGCAAAUCUAUUUGGAAGAUCAUAUUUAGCACCAUGCAGGCGUUCACUUCAAAAUUUCUAUCAGUCAAAG